ACCCCUCGCUAAAAAUAGAAAAUUUUCCAGGUUAUCAAGUGUGCUGAAUACGAAAAAGCACUUUUCUUUAACUCUAAACAGACUUUAAUUUUUUUUAUCGGUGAUAUGAUGUUUUAUUCCUUACUCACGCUCGUGCUACGCCUGCCCCCUCUUCUUCUGCGAGUUACGUCAUGUCACGCCGUGACAACCGUGACUUACUAGGACAUUUAUUAGGAUAGUAAGGAUUGUAGUCAAUAUAGAAAAGAUCCCAUGGGGACCAUAGCGAUUACUGGGUAUUUGUUGUGCAACCUGAGAAAACCGUGAUCCCGAAUCUCGACUCUUAUUUCACGAGUCUUACAGCUAUGGCUGGAUACGAUCUUGCCGCGACGUCUGUAGAUGUUCUCAAACUUGUCUUAAAACGUACAAACAAAUGAGCAGUGUGAAGAUCAUUACGACAUAUUCUAUUGAAAAUUUCAAAAUUUCGUUGCAGCGUAGAAAAGAGCUGUAAAAAGAGAUGAUCUUAAAACGCACAAUAAUUUAGGAUACACGUCUUCAGUUAAUCGUUAGUCUCAUCGAAAAAAAUAUUGUAUGCUGCUGUCCUCUAGACUGGACUACAUAAUAAUUUUAUUUUCGUGGUAGUAUAGUAGUGAAGGUACGAAAAACAGAGACACUGGCAGGAUAUAUCCAAUGGUAUUGAUUCGUUGGAUGACAACGUUUUGGAGUCGGCUUCUCUAAUUCCUUAUCUCAGUUCUAAUCUAUCAUCCAUUCAUUCAUUCAUUCUUCAUAAGUAAUUUAUCCGCAUCACUUAACAGAAUUUAUCCGCUGAGCGUACGACUACGCUGUGUUUUUCUAGUCAAAGGGUAUACGUAUGCUACGGUCGUAUUUCGUAAAGUGUACACGUUUCAAAUCUAAAAACGAAAGCAUCAGUUAGGCAUCAGGAAUUAGUGGUGAAAAAUAGAAACUUUCUUUAUACAGGUGUUUUUCCUAGAAAGUAACCUAGCAAAUGCAAACAAUUACAAAUAGGGAAAAACAUUACUGAUCUUGUAUAACAAGAAAAAAGUCUCUUUUCCUUUCUGAUUACUCACAUAAGGACAGUUAAAAAGGUUUUUCUUAUUUUCUCUUAAAUAUAAAAAAAGUUCUAUUAGAAAACAAAGCAUAAACAGCGAUACAAAAGCGUACAAUGUACUCUCUGCUUUCCUCAGCAAAGUGUAAAACAGAGCGUAUUUUUAAAUUCUGAAGCGUAUUUACGUUUUUAUACAAUGAGUACGCUUCGCUAUUAGAAACACUGCUUCCGAUAGUCGCAGAGAGAUCUUUAAGAAGCAGAAAAAGGGUAUAAUUCUCUGUUUUCAUUAUAACGGUAAACCUGAAGUGAAAUGGAACAGCUCAGCGAUGGGUACUUCAAAUUAAAAUGUACCUCUACAACGAUCAAGAUAUAUAGAAAAAGUAGUUGUUUGUAAUCAGUAAAAUCUAGAUGAGUUCUUGGAUACAGGAGUAAUCCGUUCGUGAUAUUUUAGUUUUCUGAAGUUAUUUUGAAUUCUUACUAACAUCAAAGUAUAAACACUAACAGUUGAAUGUCGCAGAUUUUCGAGCUCUUGAAAAUUUGAAAUUCAUGAAGACUAUUUCGUCGACGUUUGUACGUAUUGGUUUUCAAAAUGCCAUAUGUUUAAUGUUGUGUGUUCAUUGUUUAAUUUCCUUAGUAGAACAUGCCAUUUGAUAGACUUCUUGCUCGUGCUUUAUGUGCUAAAACGAAGGAUAUAUCAAAUUACUCAUUUCACAUUAGGGUUCAUCAGAUAACACCGAUUUAAAUUAUAUUUAUAUAAAAAGAGAGAAAAGGUUUAUCUAAGUUUUCUUUAUUUAUUUUGCUCGAUUGCUUACUUCUUAUCUCUUAAAUGAAAAGAAGACACUCUUUUUCACGUAACAUCAGAAAAAUAAGAUUUGUACAACAAUUAUGUUCUGUCGCUCAAUAACAAAUCAUUUUAUUAUAUUUCAUAAGCAUGUCUAUUAUAGGCAGAUUAACAAAUCGCGUUUUUCUUCAAUGGCAAAAAUCAUUGAUGGCAAAGAAAUAGCCAAAAAGCUAAGGGAGAAAUGUGAAGCACAGGUGAAACAACUGAUCGAAGAUCAUCCAGGGUUUUUACCUGGUUUUGGAGUUGUUCAGGUCGGAAAUAGAGAAGAUUCAAAUGUUUAUAUUCGUCAUAAACUGAACGCAGCAAAAGAAAUUGGUAUUGAUGCACGUUGUAUUAAACUAGAUUCUUCAAUAACCGAACAACAACUGAUACAUGAAAUUGAAAAAUUAAAUAAUGAUCCAUCGAUACACGGGAUUAUCGUCCAACUUCCUUUAGAUUCAAAGGAAACAAUCGAUACAAAUCGAAUAACAAAUACCAUUAGUAAAGAUAAAGAUAUAGAUGGACUGUCUGAUUUAAAUGCUGGUUUAUUAUCUCAUGGUAAUUUGAAUGAAUGUUUUUUACCUUGUACACCACAUGGUUGUUUAGAGUUGAUACGCUCGACAGGUACAUCGAUUGAAGGUCUUAAUGCUGUUGUUGUUGGUCGUUCUAAAAUUGUUGGUACACCGAUGGCUGACCUAUUAAAACAUAAUAAUGCAACGGUUACCGUUUGUCAUUCAAAAACAAAGAAUAUCGAGUCUAUAUUAAAAAAUGCUGAUAUUGUUGUUGCAGCUAUUGGAAAACCGAAUUAUAUUAAUGGAUCAUCACUUAAACAGAAUGCUAUUGUAAUUGAUUGUGGAAUAACGGCCGUUGAAGUAAAUGGAAAAACACGACUUAUGGGAGAUGUUGACUUUCAAUCUUGUCAAAGUACUGCAGGUUAUAUUACACCCGUUCCAGGCGGUGUUGGUCCUAUGACAGUCGCCAUGUUGAUGUUGAACACCGUUACCGCAUCAAAGCGUUAUUUGGACACUUAUUCUCCUUCGCAAUGGAAAACAAUGACUUAUCUACCGUUAGAUAUUAAAGAAUCUGUACCAUCUGAUUUGGCAAUAGCCAAAGCACAAAUUCCUAAAGAUAUUCAAAAGCUUGCUCAUGAAAUACAUUUACAUAGCAACGAAUUAGAAAUGUAUGGAACAAAAAAGGCUAAAAUUAAAUUGAAUGUUCUUGAUCGAUUAAAAACAUCGCCGAAUGGAAAAUAUGUUGUAUGUACUGGUAUUACUCCAACACCCCUAGGUGAAGGGAAGAGUACAACAACACUUGGCUUAUGUCAAGCUCUCGGAGCGCAUUUGAAAAAAAAUGUCAUAAGUUGUUUACGUCAACCAAGUCAAGGGCCAACAUUUGGUAUUAAAGGUGGAGCGGCAGGCGGAGGCUAUUCGCAAGUGAUUCCAAUGGAAGAAUUUAAUUUACAUUUAACAGGUGAUAUUCAUGCCAUUACAGCAGCGAAUAAUUUAUUAGCCGCACAAAUCGAUGCAAGAAUGUUUCAUGAGAGUACUCAAAAUGAUCAAGCACUUUAUAAUCGACUUGUACCAAGUAUCAAUGGAAAACGUGAAUUUUCUAAUAUUCAAAUAGCACGUUUAAAAAAAUUAAAUAUUAACAAAACGGAUCCAAAUACUUUAACAGAAGAUGAAUCAAAAUUAUUUUCACGAUUAGACAUUGAUCAAUCAACAAUUACAUUUCAACGUGUUGUUGAUACAAAUGAUAGAUUUUUAAGAAAAAUAACAAUUGGCCAAGCACCAACUGAAAAAAAUUUUACUCGAACUACAGCAUUUGAUAUCACCGUUGCUAGUGAAAUUAUGGCUGUAUUAGCGUUAACAACUUCUUUACACGAUAUGAGAGAAAAAUUAGGCAAUAUGGUUGUGGCUUCUAGUCAUAAUGGAACGCCCAUAACGGCGGAUGAUCUAGGAGUUGGUGGUGCUUUGGCAGUCCUAAUGCGAGAUGCGAUAAAGCCAACGUUAAUGCAAACGUUAGAAGGAACACCAGUAUUAGUACAUGCUGGACCAUUUGCCAAUAUUGCUCAUGGAAAUUCAUCUAUAUUAGCUGAUCAAAUUGCACUCAAAUUAGUAGGAAAAGAUGGAUAUAUCGUAACGGAAGCCGGUUUUGGAGCAGACAUUGGAAUGGAAAAAUUUUUCAAUAUCAAAUGUCGAUAUUCUGGACUUAUUCCAAAUUGUGUCGUUUUGGUUGCUACAAUGCGAGCUUUAAAAUGUCAUGGUGGUGGUCCUAAAGUUGAAGCUGGUUCACCAUUACCACCCGAAUAUUGUACAGAGAAUUUAAAAUUGCUGGAAGCUGGCUGCCAAAACUUAAUAAAACAAAUAGAAAAUGCAAGUUUUUUUGGCGUUCCAGUUGUAGUUGCUAUAAAUCGAUUUAAAACGGAUACAAAUGCUGAAAUUGAAUUAGUUACACGUAUUGCAAAAGAAAAUGGCGCCUACGAUGCUGUUAUGGCAAAUCAUUGGGCUAAAGGUGGAGCGGGUGCUCUUGAUUUAGCAAACGCUGUUGAAAAGGCAUGUGCACAAGAAACAAAUUUUAAAUUUUUGUACGAUGUUAAAUUACCUAUUGAAGAAAAAAUUCGUAUUAUUGCACAAAAAAUAUAUGGUGCUGAUGACAUUCAAUUAUCUGAAGCGGCACAAAAACGUAUUGAUCUAUUUAAAAAGCAAGGCUUUAAUGAUCUACCUAUUUGUAUGGCAAAAACACAUUUAUCAUUGUCACAUGAUCCAAAUUUAAAAGGAUGUCCAAAAAAUUUUGUUUUGCCAAUUCGUGAUAUACGCGCAAGUGUUGGGGCAGGAUUUUUGUAUCCACUUGUUGGCGAGAUGAUGACAAUUCCUGGUUUACCUACGAGACCAUGUUUUUAUGAUAUUGAUAUUGAUCCUGAAACUGAAGAAAUAUACGGACUAUUUUGA